AUGGCGCCGCACACUGUCAACUGGGGCAUCAUGGCCACGGGCUGGAUCGCCGAGACUUUCUGCAAGGACCUCCUGACCAACCCGGCCUCGCGCGAGGUGACUGACGUCGCCCACCGUAUCGCCGCCGUCUCCUCCUCCCGCGACGCCGAAAAGGCCCGCGCCUUUGUCAAGAAGAUUGACGCCCCCGCCGACACAACAGUCUACGGCUCUUACGCCGAGCUCGUCCGCGACCCGGCCGUCGACAUCAUCUACGUCGCCACCCCGCACUCCCAUCACUUCCAAAACGCCAUGCUUGCCCUCGAGGCCGGCAAGAACGUGCUCUGCGAAAAGGCCCUGACCGUCACAGCCGAGCAGACCCGCGUCCUCGUUGAGACGGCCCGCGCCAAGAAGCUCUUCUUCAUGGAGGCCGUCUGGACCCGCUACUUCCCCCUCAGCAUCAAGAUCCGCGAGCUCAUCUCCUCGGGCGCCAUCGGCAAGGUCUACCGUGCCACCUCGGACCUGUCCUUCAACAGCAACGCCGAAGACGCUUCCGGCAAGCUGUCCUUCCCCGACGCCCACCGCAUGGUUAACCCCGAGCUCGCUGGCGGUGCCCUGCUCGACCUCGGUAUUUACUCCCUGACAUGGAUCUUCCAGACGUUGUACCACCUGCAGCCCGAAGCUGAGGCCGACAAGGAAAGCCCCGAGGUCCUGGCCUCGGUGCAAAAGUACCCCGUCACCGGCGCCGACGAGUCCACCACCAUGAUUCUCAACUUCCCCAAGCACCAGAUGACCGGCAUUGCCACCACCUCGCUGCGCGUCGACACGGCACCCGACGGCCACAAGGGUGAGACGGCACCCGCGAUCCGCAUCCAAGGCUCCAAGGGCGAGAUCCAGGUCUCCCAUCCCGCCUUCCGGCCGACGUCGUACAAGGUCGUCAAGAAGGGCGUCGAAGAGGUCGAGGUUGUCGACUGCCCCAUCCCCAAGGACGAGGCGCGCGACUGGGGUCACGGCAUGUUCUGGGAGGCUGAUGAGUGCGCACGCUGCCUGCGCGACGGCAAGAAAGAGAGUGCAACGCUGCCGCUCUCAGAGUCUCUGGUCAUCAUGGAGACAAUGGACAGCGUUAUCAAGCAGGGUGGCAUCCAGUACCCCGAGCUCAUCACCACCCACAAGUUCGACGCCCAGAGCCCAUUGAACCUGGGUAACGCUUGA